AUGCGCCAGUUGGUGAAUGCUAAAUCCUAUUUCCCAUCUACGCAGCCCACACAAUAUGAUUGGAACUACAUCGAGGGAGAGACCGGGCUUGGGAAAUAUGGUAUUAGCAGCGGCGUUAGCCAACACCAAGAGCAACUGAAUCGCAACGGCUUCGAAAAAGCUAUGGCCAACAUGGCUGCUUCCCUGACAAAAUACGGUCUUGAGAGGACAAAUCAGAGUGUCAAUGGAGCUCCGUGCGUUACAAAGGUCUUUGUAAACGUUCGAUGGCCGUGGUUGAUCCUCCCGGGGUUUUUAGUUGUUGCUGGAUGCAUCUUCCUUGUGACAACCAUUGCCGUCAGCAGAAGGAAUCAUGCUCCUCUUUGGAAAUCAUCCGCCUUGGUACCCUAUUACCAUGGCCUUGAGGGGGUUGAUGAUGAUGAUGAUGAUCAUAAUGAGUACCUGGCUUCCAGUUCCAUGGAGAAAAAGGCGGAGAUAGAAGAUGUUCGAUUGCAGCGUUCCACGACCAAUGGGAGACUCAUGAUGCUACGAUGGCAAGAUGGCCUCGGGUCUCAAUAA